ACAGAAGUUUCCACCUCUAACAUACCGGACGUCCCGCCCAGCAAAGCCCUGAAACCCUUCAAAGCAGCUCACUCAGCUGCUCUCCUCUCACUUCACUUCGCUGCAGUCGGAGCUCAUCUGGACUUUGGGAACAGUACUGUUAUUUUGACUGCAUUUUCCAGCUGCAAACAUGGCUCAGAUCAACAUCUGCCUCAAACACAUCUUCACUGUCUUCAACAUAUUCUUCAUGGUUGUUGGUGGAGUUGUCAUCCUCCUCGCUUUGUGGUGCCAGUUCUUCAUGAACAUUCAAGGAGGAUACAACCUGGAGGGUCACGCUACCAAACUCUUCAUUGUCUACAUCAUUGGUUUCAUCACCAUGAUGAUUGCUGUACUGGGAGCCUAUGGAGCCCACAAGGAGAGCAAAGUGGCCCUGAUCAUGUUCCUGGUGUUCAUGUUCACAGGAUGUCUGUUGAUGCUGAUGACUGGAAUCCCUGCUGCCAGCUCUUAUCCUCAGGUCAAAGGCAGAAUGGAGGAGAGAUUCCACAAGUUUGUUCCUCUGGACAAAUCUCGAAAGGAUGUGAGGAACAUGGCUGUGGACAUUCAGAAACAGUUUCACUGCUGUGGUCUGUUCAGCUACAAAGACUGGGAGAACAUCCCCGAGUCCUGUGUGUGCAGCCAGGAGGAGGAGAAGGAGGGCAAGUGUCAGACUCUGAGAAAAAACCUUUACCAGAUUUUAACACGGCAGAGAAAGUCCGUCUACACUAAGACCUGCUUUCCCACCAUCAUGGACCACAUCCAGUUUACUAACAAAAUCAACAUUGUGGUCAGCUUCACUCUGGCUAUUCUAGCUCUCCUUGGUGUGAUUCUUUCCUCCAUCAUGGUGUACCACCUGUAUCGCUUCAACAGCCACACCAUGAUGAUCCUCACGAGACCACCAAAAUACAACGAGAUGUGCAAACCUCCACCAUACUAGUCAAAGUAUGACAGAGUUUAUUUCUUUUGCUAGCUUGGUGCACAGAUUUCUG